UUUGACAGUGUCACGACGGGACCCGAAUUCACACAUGAUAAUUGCAAGAAGUCGUCUGUUUGGCAGGACGAUCGGCACAGGCACAGCAUUACAAGCUGACAGUCUGCCACCUCUAUUGGUCAUCACGAGUGAGAAAUUGUUUAUAAUCGGUAAGGAAGAUGGUGGUCCGACAGUACAAUGAUGAGCUCAAAUACCUUGAGCGCCUCACACCAAACUGUUGGCGUAUCAAGAAAGGCUUCCAACCGAACAUGAAUGUGGAUGGAAUAUUUUAUGUUAAUGAUCAUCUUGAAAAGCUUAUGUUUGAUGAACUGCGAAAUUACUGUCGUCCAGGAGCUAUAGGGGGUUUCCUUCCUGGCAUGAAGCAAAUUGCAAAUGUUGCUGCUUUGCCUGGCAUUGUUGGGAAGUCUGUAGGCUUGCCCGAUGUUCAUUCAGGAUAUGGCUUUGCUAUAGGAAAUAUGGCUGCCUUUGACAUGGAUGAUCCUAAGGCUGUUGUUUCUCCUGGUGGUGUCGGUUUUGACAUUAAUUGCGGAGUCCGACUACUUCGAACGAAUCUCACCGAGGCAGAUGUAACUCCUGUAAAGGUAUGCAUUUAUGCGGCCAUAGCCCUUGCUAGUGAGGAACUAGAAAUGUGCCUUUUAAAACGGAGUAGGAUUAAAAGACAUUGUCUAAAUUCGUACAUGACCUCUCAGUAUCAGGAUUUUCUGCUGACAAAAAGAGUGCUUGGGCUAGCACAGGCGGCUUUUGGUGCUUUUGACAGGGCUCCUGUUUCUCCAGCUUCGACACUUCAGUUGAGUGUUCAAUCUGAAUCAGUCAGAUUACCUAAAGUGAUUUUAUCAACGUUAGCAAAGAAGGCUCUUAGGGAAGUUGAUAGCUUUAGCUAUCGACCUUUUCACCUGCUUAGUAGGAGACUAUGUGGACCACUUUUUGAAGAACACCUUCAAGAUAUAUUGGAAGUUGUUAGCUUUUUAGACUGGUCAGUAGACACACUGGCUACGAAAAUUCUGGAAUAUCCCGAUUUUCCACCCAACAUAGGUUCAGACCUUCUAGAUGUUCUCUUCUGUUCGUACAAAGAGCCCAUGCACUUUAAUGCAAGUGGAUUUCACUUGCUGCUUACAACAACAGCAUAUUUUAAGAAACUCAUGAAAAAUUACAUAACAGGUUAUGUUUGGGCCGAAGACAAAGAGCACUGUGAAGAAUAUGGACGAAUGGCUCAAGCUGACCCUGCCAAAGUAUCUAUGAGGGCUAAGAAACGAGGACUACCACAGCUUGGAACACUAGGAGCUGGUAACCAUUAUGCAGAAAUUCAAGUUGUAGAUGAAAUUUUUGACAAAUGGGCUGCUAGCAAGAUGGGAAUAGAACAGAAAGGUCAAAUUUGUGUGAUGAUUCACUCAGGUUCCCGAGGUUUUGGUCAUCAAGUUGCCACAGAUGCUCUUGUUGCUAUGGAGAAAGCAAUGAAAAGGGAUGGAAUUGACACCAAUGAUCGCCAGUUGGCGUGUGCCAGAAUAAAGUCACAAGAGGGUCAAGAUUAUUUAAAAUCAAUGGCUGCAGCUGCAAAUUUUGCCUGGGUUAAUCGUUCAUCUAUGACCUUCUUGAGUCGCCAAGCCUUUGCCAAAAUGUUUCACAGUAGUCCAGAUGAUCUCGAUAUGCAUGUUAUUUAUGAUGUUUCCCAUAAUAUUGCCAAAAUUGAACAACACUGGAUUGAUGGCAAACUUCGAACAUUAUUGGUUCAUCGAAAGGGAUCGACAAGGGCAUUCCCACCCCACCAUCCAUUGAUCCCAGUAGAUUAUCAACUGACUGGACAACCUGUCCUUAUUGGUGGAACAAUGGGAACUUGUUCCUAUGUGUUGACUGGUACUGAACAAGGCAUGAUGGAAACGUUUGGAUCAACUUGUCACGGCGCUGGACGAGCUCUUUCCAGGGCAAAAUCUCGCAGGAAUCUUGACUAUACAGAUGUGCUUAACAAGUUACAAGAAAUGGGCAUUAGUAUCAGAGUAGCAUCUCCUAAAUUAGUCAUGGAAGAGGCACCUGAAUCUUACAAGAAUGUUACGGAUGUAGUGGAUACCUGUCACGCUGCAGGGAUUAGUAAAAAAUGUAUUAAACUACGACCCAUUGCAGUAAUUAAAGGCUAAGUAUUUGUUUAUUUAUAGGUAAUUGAUGACUUUCAUAUAAAUUAUCCAUAAUAUUAUAAUGUUAAUCUACAUACAUACAUACAUUUCAAAAUCCUUAAUGAUGCUGAAGUGAAUGGGAAAUGAAUAUUUUUCAUGUAAAAAAAUUUACUUAAGCUGAAUAAAGGAUCGAAUGAC